AUGGAGUCUGUCCUUAAUGAUACCGAAAAGCGCUUCAUUCUCGCCGAGAUGAUCAAGCUGAGCGACGUCGACGUCGGCGUUCUCAUUCACUUGGUCAAGUCGCACGAUAUUCAGCCAAAUUGGCUGCAUAUGCAGCUCCCUGGAGGGCGCAACAUGAGCCAGUGUCUCCAUGCAGCAGAGACCAUGUUCAACACGCCGAUGCCACCACCUUUGAUAUCGCCGCUAAAGCGGCAGUCACUGGGCGAUCUUUCCGAUUACGGCCCCAACAAAAGGCAGGCCAUUGCGUCCCCAGGUGAGGUGUCUCCGCGCGGGUUUCCGCUGGGGCCCAACGCCCAGCAGCCCGCUUCAGGAGCGCAGCCAGUGAAUAUCCAACCGCGGCCGAACGGUUUCCCAGCGAGCCUUCCAGCUCCCACUCCGUCUGUCUCAGCCUCGCCGUACAAUCCGGCCCCGACAGCCCGCAAACGCGGACGUCCUCCGAAGUCAGCUCAGAGCGCGUGGCAGGUAUCAACGUACCAGAAUAUCACGCCCGCCCCGCACCCGUCGUCCCCCGCCUUCGCUCCUCAACCGCACAGCCCGCGCUUGCCGGCCCCGGCGGCGCAGCGGUCACCAGUUCAGGGGCCUCCCGAUCCCAAGCGAGCCAAGAAAGGGUUGCCUGAGAUUGCGCCCCGGCCACCACAAAGUGUACCAGCCGCAGAACCUGCCGCCAGGUUGCCAGCAGUGCCAGGGGCGGGAGCAGAAUACCAGAACUGGCGGGAGGAGACCUCUCGUCGCGACUAUUACCAGGUCCAUGGCUCUGAGCCCCCGGCGCGAGAACGUCCCCCAUCAUCUUUCGCACCAAUUUUACCUCGCCCACGGAGCCCACUCCCGCCCCCGAGAGAGUUGGCGCGCGGUGCGUCCGCAGAACCGCGGCGCUUCACAGCGACCCCUCCACCAAGCGCCCCGGAGCCGGUGAAGAACGAAAGCCAGCCAACGACGACCGGGCCGAUUCAGACAUAA